AAUGUAAUAUUUUAUUUUAUCUUAACAAUACAUGUAAAGAAAUCAAUUUUUUUGAUUUUAAAAAGGAUCCUAAAAGAAUUUUUAGAGGCUUUAAAACCGCUUAUGACAUACUUUUUUCAACUUAAUUUUAAAUGGCAACACUGCCAGUUAUCUCAAAUUUACUCAGAAGUUAGUUUCUGUGUCUGGUUCUGUCAGUUGUAGCCUCUUGGCUGGUUUUUAGUUUUUGUAUGUAUAUUAUGCGUUUGUUUGAAAAGUGACGGCAAUUAUGGCAGAUAGCGUAAAAGUUACAUCUCGCUCAAAUGACAACUUUAUUAAAUCGACGCCUUCUGGACCUAGAGUUGUAAAUAUUUACAAAACCGAAACGGGUUUUGGAUUUAAUGUAAGGGGACAAGUAAGCGAAGGAGGACAAUUAAGAAGUAUUAAUGGGGAACUUUAUGCACCUCUUCAGCAUGUAAGUGCAGUUUUAGAAGGUGGUGCAGCAGAAAAGGCAGGAAUAAGAAAAGGAGAUAGGAUUUUAGAAGUGAAUAGUGUAAAUGUGGAGGGUGCAACUCAUAAGCAGGUGGUUGAUUUAAUAAAGUCAGGUGGCGAUAUUUUGUCUUUGACAGUCAUAUCUGUUACUCCUCAGGAGGCUGAAAGGCUGGAACCUAGCGAAGAUACGACGAGCUACAAUUAUAUUGAUUACAGUGAGAAACGCUCUCUGCCUAUUUCAAUUCCAGACUAUCAUUAUUUGGAAAGAGAUGGUGAAAGAUUUGCUGUUUUUAACAUUUAUAUGGCAGGGAGACAUUUAUGUUCAAGAAGAUACCGGGAAUUCUCUAACCUUCAUAGUGCAUUGAAAAAAGAAUUUGUUGGUUUUAAUUUUCCUAAACUUCCUGGAAAAUGGCCUUUUACGUUAAGUGGCCAGCAAGUAGAUCAAAGAAGACGAGGAUUGGAAUUAUAUCUUGAGAAAGUUUGUGCUGUUCGGGUGAUAGCAGAAAGUGACAUAAUGCAUCAAUUUCUUACUGACACUGAAGAUCAGCAAGGCAAUAUUUCUCCAGUUGAUCUAAAAGUUUUAUUACCUGACAGAGAAGUUAUUACAGUAACUAUAAGAAAAAAUUCGAAUGCCAACGAUGUGUAUCAGGCUGUUAUAGACAAAAUCCACAUGUCCAGUGAAGCUUCAAAAUAUUUCUAUCUGUUUGAAAUCGUCGAAUACAAUUUUGAAAGAAAACUUCAGCCCACCGAGUAUCCUCAUAGUUUGUAUAUACAAAAUUAUAGUACGGCAAGUUCUACUUGUCUCUGUAUCAGAAGGUGGUUAUUUUCACCUUCAGUUGAAAUGUCUGUGAAAGAUGACCUUGCUCUGCUUUGGUUUUUCUGGCUCGCAGUAGAUGCUGUUGACAGAGGUCAUGUAAUUACUACAGAUAGGCUAUAUCAACUCAAGGCUCUACAAGAUGCAUCCAGGAAGAAUGAAUACCUUAGUUUAGCAAGAGAAUUAGGAGGGUAUGGUGAAAUUGUUUUCCCUCAUUGUGGCUGUGAUUGCAGAAAGGAAGGUCAUGUUAUAGCUUCAGUUGGUUUUCAUUCUUUUAAAUUACAUGCCUGCAAAAUUGAUGGAACACCAGAGUCUCAAGUAAUUGAAUUUCCUUGGACUGCAAUGAAACAAUGGGAAGUUGAUGAGGAAGGAAUGUCUUUCAACUUUCAGUAUCAGAAAGGAGAAAAAAAUACUCGAUGGGUUAAAAUUUUAACACCUUACUUUACUUUCAUGUUCGACUGUUUUGAAAGGAUACAGGAGGAAAGAGAAUGGUCCGAAACUGGUGAAUGAUAAACUUCCCGGAUAUAGGCAUGGUCGAUUUAAUGUAAAUAAUAUUUGGUUAGAGUGUGUAGAAUAGACGAAAUUUUUUUCAAUUUCUUCUUUUCACACAGUGUAUAAAAGGUUCAAAAAUUGCUUCCGAGCGAAUAAAGUUUAAUGUACCAUCCAUAAAGGUAUGCUAUUAUAAAAUUAUUCUUUCUUAAGUCGUUUAUUUUAUCUUUUAUUUCUUUUUUAUUAUUUUUUUUUUUUAAACUGUACUUAAACUAAGUAAUUUCAAUUCAUUGUUGAGAUUUGUUACUUUAAUUACUGGAUAGAUAUUUUUAUAUAUCAGAUGGACUGACGGUAUUAGUUCAUGAUGUAUCUAUUUACUAUAUUUAUAUUUAAAAGAAUUAUCAUCCAUGUAUACUUUAUUUACGGUGAUAUUUGUACUUAGUAUUAUGUAGCAUAUUUGUAGAUAGGUAUUAGUGUCUCAUUUUAUUGUUGUUGUUUUUUUCUUAAUGCAUAUCUAUUGAAC